AUGUCGAAAGUCGUUCGAAGCGUAAAGAACGUUACCAAAGGCUAUUCUCAUGUCCAAGUCAAGGUUCGAAAUGCCACGAGCAAUGAUCCAUGGGGACCUACAGGCACAGAGAUGAGCGAGAUCGCUCAGUUGACCUUCAAUGGUUCUAACGACUUCUACGAAAUAAUGGAUAUGCUCGACAAGCGGAUGAACGACAAGGGCAAGAAUUGGCGCCAUGUCCUCAAGUCGCUGAAAGUGCUAGAUUAUUGUCUCCACGAAGGAUCAGAACUGGUCGUCACUUGGGCUCGCAAGAACGUUUACAUCAUAAAGACUUUGAGGGAAUUUCAAUACGUUGAUGAUGACGGCAAAGACGUUGGGCAAAACGUACGAGUCUCCGCAAAAGAACUUACAUCAUUAGUCCUGGAUGAGGAGCGCCUACGGACUGAGCGGUCUGAUCGAAAGACUUGGAAGUCGAGAGUCACUGGUAUCGAAGAAUUUGGACCUCAGGGUUCCGGAUAUGGGGGUGGUAGUGGCGGUGAUCUCUCAACACCCCCACGACGUAGACCCGAAAGGCGCAAGCAGAACGCUACCGACGAGGAAGAUGCGGAGUACAAGUUAGCAAUUGAAGCUAGCAAGUACGAGGCAGAGGAGGAUAGAAAACGAAGGAAUACAGCUACAGAGCCUCCGCCGGACGAUGACUUAGCAAAAGCCAUAAAGCUUAGCAAAGAAGAGGAGGAGUUGCGCAGGCGGGAGUUGGAAGAGAGCAAUGCUACGUCACUGUUUGAUGAUACCCCAGCCCCCAGCAGUCAACAACCACAGUACACAGGCUUCAAUCAGGGCUAUCAGCAGCAGGGUGCGGUAGACUGGUUUGGCAAUCCCGUGGACCAGCAGCCGCAACAGCCACAAUCUACGGGCUUUCUCAAUAAUGCAUAUUCACAGCCUACCGGCUUCCAGAACCAGCAGACUGGCUUUCAGAACGGGUUUCAACCUCAACAGACAGGGUUUGACCAAUCACAAUUCCAGCAGCAACAACCAAAUUACAUGCAACCGCAAUCAACAAUCCAGCCACAGCAGACUGCGUUUGACAACUUGAACAAUCCAUACACACAGCAACAGAACGGAUUUGGCAACCAAUUCCAGCAACAGCAGCCGCAACAAACCAGCUCGCCUGCACCACAAGCAGGUAGCCACAACCCUUGGGCUACGAACCAGACACAGUAUGAUGCAUUAAAGCCUAUGCCGACUGGAUCAAAUAAUCCUUUCGCGUCGGCUCGUCCACCAGCCCAGCAGCAGCAAACUGGCCCACCAUCCUUGAGCUCUCUUGCAGAGCAAAGAACUGCGACGAAUUUCAACAACCAAUCUGCCUUCAACCCGAUUGCCAACUACCAGGCGCCUCAGCAAACCGCUACACCACACAAAGCACAAAACCCUCAGCAUGAGCGGCUCAACGCUCUGUUAGCCUCGGGCGAAGGCAUGGAUACCUUUGGUAAUACGGGCGAAACGCGUAUUCCAUCCCAGCACACGGCGCCAGGUACCUUCGUCAACAGCUCCGGGCAAGGCCUCAACAAGUUGCAUGCAACCCAAACAGGGAACAAUCCAUUCUUCAGUCAACAAUUCACUGGCGGUCCUCAGAUGCAAGGUGGUUACGGAGCACAGCAACAGCAAACCCGCAUGGCACCAGCGCAGACGGGACCAGCAGGCAUUAAUGGUUUUGGAGGAAGUCCAUUUGGGCAGGCAAACAACAACCCCUUCGGAGCCCAGCAAUCGCAUCAAGGUCAACAGCAGGGAGGAAGUUUGAUUGACUUGUAA